AUGCUUGUGCCUUGUGUUGUUGCUGGCCUGCUCCUUGCAGAGGUAGCUACGUGCGCUGUUUCCUUGUCACUCGCUCCUCCACAAAAUGCCAGCAAGCCCCUUCUUGAGUCCUUCGUCUCGUACUCGAUCGAGUUUGCUUUCUUUCCGGAUUUCGCAGGGAACUCCAGUCACCCGAACAACUUUUCAUACAACCUGUUGAACAACUUGCGUGACCUCCAGGGGUCGUAUCCUAUCAUCAGAGUUGGCGGGAAUACGGAAGACUACGCCACUUUCAACGCUUCCCAGACGGCCGCCCUGGUUGGGACUUUCAACUUCACGCGGUCGGCAGACUACCCAACAACAAUAUCCAUCGGCCCCAGCUACUUUGACUCUUACUCCACCUGGCCAGGUGUCACGUAUAUCCAUGGCUUCAACUUGGGAAAGAAUGGCUCCAGCGGCUACGAGACCUUGGUGGGAACUGCUCCUCUUGUCUGCAAGGCUCUUGGGACAACCAAAGUCGCCUAUUGGGAACUAGGCAAUGAGCCCGAUCUCUACAAGACGAGUGCCCAGGGCCCGGUGAGACCGAGUUGGUGGAAUGAGACCGAUUACGUCCAAGAAUGGCUCAACAAAACCCGCAUUAUCCGACAACUGGUCCAGCAGAAUUGUCCGGACAUCAUUAGUCAGGGGAAGUUCAAAUUCUACGCCCCCAAUUUCGCAGGAACUUCCAACAGUCUGAACUUGAUCACUACAUGGCGAGCUGGAUUGGAUGCCGACAACGAUAUUGCUUUCAUCGACAGCCACAAUUAUAUCGGAGGCGCGACUCAGCCGGGUGUGACUCUCCAGGGCACCUUAAUGAACCACACAUCGACCGUCUUGUCAGUCAACAAACACCUCAACGAAUCAAGCCUUCUGGCCUACACCGGACUCCCAUACAUCCUGGGCGAGACGAACAGCUUGUAUAACGAAGGUGCACCGGGCUUGUCUAACUCCUUCGGUGCUGCUCUGUGGGGCGUUGAUUUCAACCUCUACUGUGCCGCCACAGGUAUUGCUCGAGUUCAUAUGCACCAAGGCACCAAUUAUAGGUACGCUUCAUGGCAGCCGAUCCCCACCGUCAACGAGACCUUGGGUACAAAAGCACCAUACUAUGGAAAUAUCAUGGUAGCCACUUUUCUGGGGGAUUUGACCAAAAACAAUGUCAGCAUCAGUGACAUCGAACUCGGGAGCACAUUUCAAAAUGCAUAUGCAGCGUACGUCGAUGGCCGGCUGGAGAGGAUAGCUAUCAUUCAGAUGAAUGCGUACAAUUACACCUCCAACGGCACGGCCACAGCCAAGCCUACUACUCGGCCCAGCGAGACGUUCAGCUUCCAACUGCCAACGACUGGCACCGGAUCGGCUGUGAAGGGAGUCAGUGUGCAGCGGCUGAUAGCAAAUGGCAGUGAUGCCAUCACGGGCAUCACUUUCGAUGGGUGGUCAUAUAAUUACGAACUUCAGCAGGGGAUGCCAGUGAAACUAAACAAUGUCACUUCGGGAGAGGUGUUGCAGGUCGCCCAAGGCGGCCUGCUUACAGUUACAGUGCCAUGGUCUAGCGCAGCGAUAUUGAAUCUACAGUGGUGA